ACCCAAGAUACCGUGGAUAGUCCCCAAGUGGGUCGCCUGAACGGCACGGCACUCCUGGUAGGGGACGACACGGCGUAAGACCAGUCUGUUCUGCUUACCACUGAAAACUUUGGCAAUAGCUAAAGGAAUUAUCAAACUAGCCCACCAAUUAGUUUAUUAGUUUUUAAAGCUUGGGGGUGAUGCUGGGGGUGGCUGGAAUGACGGGCAGCAUUGCUAAUGCCCUGGCCAGUGCAGCCUGUGAGCGAUGUAAGAGUGGCUUUGCUCCAACUGAGAAGAUUGUCAACAGUAAUGGAGAGCUGUACCAUGAGCAGUGCUUUGUGUGUGCUCAGUGUUUUCAGCAGUUCCCAGAUGGACUCUUCUAUGAGUUUGAAGGAAGAAAAUAUUGUGAACAUGACUUCCAGAUGCUCUUCGCCCCUUGCUGUCAUCAGUGUGGGGAGUUCAUCAUUGGUCGUGUGAUUAAGGCCAUGAACAAUAGUUGGCACCCUGACUGCUUCUGUUGUGACAUUUGCCAGGCUGUACUUGCAGACGUGGGGUUUGUCAAAAAUGCUGGCAGGCACCUGUGUCGACCAUGCCAUAACCGCGAGAAAGCUCGUGGCCUGGGCAAGUAUAUCUGCCAGAAGUGCCAUGCCAUCAUUGAGGAGCAGCCACUGAUUUUUAAGAAUGACCCAUAUCACCCAGACCACUUCAACUGCAGCAACUGUGGGAAAGAAUUGACAGUUGAAGCCAGGGAACUCAAGGGAGAGCUCUUCUGUUUGCCCUGCCACGACAAGAUGGGCGUACCAAUCUGUGGCGCCUGCAGGAGACCUAUUGAGGGGCGUGUCGUCAAUGCCAUGGGCAAGCAGUGGCAUGUGGAGCAUUUUGUGUGUGCCAAGUGUGAGAAGCCUUUCCUCGGUCAUCGGCAUUACGAGAGGAAGGGAUUGGCUUACUGUGAGACUCAUUAUAACCAGCUCUUCGGCGAUGUGUGUUACCACUGCAACCGUGUGAUUGAAGGUGAUGUGGUGUCUGCUCUCAACAAGGCCUGGUGUGUCAGUUGUUUCUCAUGCUCCACCUGCCACACAAAACUCACUCUCAAAGAUAAGUUUGUUGAAAUUGACCUGAAGCCGGUAUGCAAGCACUGCUAUGAGCACAUGCCUGAGGAGCUGAAACGACGCUUGGCUCGGCGUGAGCGGGAUGCCAAAGACCGCAAGAAAAAAGCUGCUGUCUGUCUGUAGUGUUAUUGUUACCAACUCACCACUCCAUCCUUGGAACAAGUUUGUUGAGUUUGACAUGAAGCCUGUUUGUAAAAAGUGUUAUGAGAAGUUUCCUCUGGAGCUGAAGAAAAGGCUCAAGAAGCUAGCGGAGUCCUUGGGACGCAAGUGAGCUGCUUCUGGCCAAACAACCUGGAAGUGUUCCCACUGUGUCUGUGACGGUAAAACAUCCAGGACGAACGCAGAAUAACAACAAGGACCCAGCCUCAUACCAGAACAUCAUGAUUAGUCAUUUAAAUGGGAUCCGGUUAAGAAUUCUAACUGGAUAUCACUGUGGUGUUGACAUAAAAGAGGUCUGUUUUACUUUUACUUUUUUAUCAUUGUUUUUUAAACAUUCCUAAAUUGUCCAAAGUAGUUUUUCUCUCUAGAAUAGAUGUGUUGUCUCAGUUUAUUAUGACUUUACCAUGAGCAUGAUUGUAAACGGCUAUGUCUAUAAUGUUCUUUAAUUUGAAAAUAUUUUUGUUUGACAUUAUAUUGAAUUACACGUGUGCCUUGAAUAUACAUAUAUAUAAACGAUGCGUCCUAAAAUGCAUAUAAUGGUUGGAAUGUGACUUACAUGCAGUUAUAAUAGUUAUGCCUUAAUAUACCCCAAAGGACAAUUCUACCUGCCUUUUCACCUUUGAGCUUUUAUACCUCAGUAUGAAUAAUUACAAAGCAUCCAUCCACUGUAUUCUUUAGUAUAUUGUAAUGAUGUCACCUCUUGCUAACGUGA